GUGUUUUUGAAUCCCAUUUUGGGAUACCAGAUCUUAUUAGCACAGAGUAGCUUUUUGUGUUUGCUUAAAAUAGUCGGAAUCAUUCUUUACAGAAACCUGCAUUCUCUCCAGUCCAAUCCUCAUUUUAAACUGAGCUCAGCCCAUGUCUGAAUUGGGAUAGGUCCCACAGUCAAACACACACACACAGCCUUUUAGUGCUGCAAUGGCAUUUGUGCACAUCAAUAGCUCCCCCUAUGGAAUCUCUGAUAGCUGCUGUUUGCAUCUCCCUCCUCUAAGCUUUUUUCUUCCAGAAUGUGCUUUGUAACCUCACUUUUCAAGACUUCAGGACAUAAACAAAGCCGCUGCAAAACACAUUUAUCAAGCUUUUGUUGGCCAAGUACUACUCCUCCUCAGGACGGGCCGUUGCGCAUGAACCGUCCCAUUCUGCGCUGCUCUCAUGAAUUGUUCAGUGUGUUCUUACGAAAGAUCACCUGAUCCUCUGCUCCUCCAACGGCCGGACGAGUGUCUGGAUGUGCUAAUCUCCUUCACAGUUCUGUAUCGUGUCUCUUCGUGAGCCAGAAGGUAGAAGAAGCUCUGCAUGUUUGUGAGAGGGAGAGAGUAUCGGGUUGGUAGAGUCUCGCUGGUGUUGUUAAAGCUCUCCUGAUGAGGCUAACUGAGUUGCCUAAAUAUAGAUUACAGUAAUUUACUUUCAAACAACUCAUUUUCUGUGUUUGACAUGUCCAUUAACCCUGGCUAGAAAAAUCAUUAAUUUUUCACCACCGAAGACAUUAGUCAUUUGAGCGACUUUCAUCGCUGUCUGCCGCUCGGACCGAAACGGAUGCAGAGAUCAUGCAGUUCACGUCUGCCCGGCGCACACGUGUCCUCCCACGCACAUACGCUCACACACGGCCCUCUCCUAAGUAGGGUGGCUUAUCGCCGGCUGUAUUGUCCCUCACAAUGUGAGGUAAUUAGGUGUCCUAUGCGAUGGCUGUCUCUCGCGCUUUCUUUCUGAACGGCGAGAGAAAUGGACCUGUCAGUUUUCUGGCACCAGAGAAUUCAACAAAUGAGGGUGAUUUUCAACAUUGUGAACUUCAGCAAGACCAAGAGCCUGUACAGAGAUGGGAUGUCCCCCGUGGUGAAGUCGACCAGCCGGCCUAAAUGGCAAAGACUGCCAGCCAAGAAUGUGUAUUACUAUCGCUGCCCCGACCAUCGGAGGAACUACGUGAUGUCUUUCGCCUUCUGUUUCGACCGCGAGGAUGACGUUUAUCAGUUUGCGUACUGCUACCCUUACACCUACUCCCGUCUGCAGCAUUACCUGGCCAGCCUGGAGCGCAGAAAUCUCGAUUACCUGCAGCGAGAGCAGCUGGGCCUCAGUGUGCAACAACGAAGGCUGGAUCUUCUGACCAUCACCAACCCCGCCCAUCUGAACCAAGAGCGAGAAAAAAGGGUGGUGUUUCUCACAGCCCGCGUUCACCCUGGAGAAUCACCUGCUUCCUUCAUCUGUCACGGUGUCAUCGACUUCCUGGUCAGCCAGCAUCCCAUCGCUCAGGUUCUGCGUGAUCAUGUGAUCUUUAAGAUCGUUCCCAUGCUCAACCCUGACGGUGUGUACCUGGGAAACUACAGAUGUUCUUUAAUGGGCUUCGAUCUGAACCGUCAUUGGCAGGACCCUUCCCCUUGGGCCCAUCCCACUCUACAUGCCGUCAAACAACUCAUUGUCCAAAUGAACCAAGACCCAAAAGUGAGUUUGGAGUUCUACAUUGACGUGCACGCCCACUCCACCAUGAUGAAUGGCUUCAUGUAUGGUAAUGUUUUUGAGGAAGAGGAGAUAGGGCAGAGACAGGCCGUCUUUCCUCGACUCCUGUGCCAAAACGCACCUGACUUCUCUCUUUCCAGUACAUCGUUUAACCGUGAUGUGGUCAAGGCUGGUACCGGCCGACGGUUCCUGGGUGGUCUGUUGGAUGACACAUCAUACUGCUACACACUGGAGGUCUCCUUCUACAGCUACCUGACAGCAGGAAGCACCUCACCUGUGCCGUACACUGAGGAUGGCUACAUAAGGCUGGGCAGAAACGUGGCCCGAACAUUCCUGGAUUACUACAAACUGAACAACCUGAUAGAUGAAAGCAAACCCACAGGACACAUUAACAGCCCUUUUGAUGGAACAUCCACUAGUCAUCAAGGAAACAAGGCUGGAAAUGGGAAGGUUAAAGGUGACAGAAAACCCCAUUGAGUCAGGGAUUACUAAAAACACAGGGAAUACUGUAUGGUUCCACAUCGUCGACUGCGACGUUGUGAACUAUGGUCCACUUGCAAAUUCAGUUUUCAAAUCAGCCCACCGCAAUCCACCAGAUAUUUGUUGUCUAAGUUUUUAUGUGCUGAUAGGACUCAACGACUGUGAAAAAGUCUUCGGUAUUAAUUCUCACUUGUGAGAUAUUGCGCAGAGAAAAAAUCAACUGUAAAUUAUCCCACCGGCUACAUUUAUUGCUUUUUCAGUGCUUUGUUGAAUACCAACUACUUUCUUUGCCUUGCAUUUGGAGUUGCCUAUUAUCAGUACAGAAAUUGUAUUUCACUCAGCUGUACUCAUUCUGAUAAAGUGAUUACUUUUAUGAAUUCUUUAAUUGUCUAGAUAGUCAUCUUGAGUUGUUUAUUCAAACCUGAAUGUUUGAAAGUUGCUUAAAUAAAAAGCAAUUGACCUGUAAUGUUUUAUUAUAUUCAUGCUUUGCGGUCAUAAAUUUGCUUCUAAUAAAGUGUUUGAUAAAAAAUGGCUUUCCAGUAUCUUAUUAAGUGCUUAUAUUGAAAUCAUUUUGAAAAUGCUGUUAAAAAAACAAUGCAUUUUAAUCCUCUCAUCAUAGUCUCAGGGCAAUAAGCAUCAACACAUGUUUACUCUGCUGUUCACCGAAGUACUCUAAUACAGAGUCUGUUAAGCCUGUAACACAGCGUCUCCAAACAAUGUCUGAUCUGUCCACACACAGAACACAGUGUGAGGGGGCUAAAAUACUCAAUGGCUCAAACUAUCAGUCAAGAAGUGUGAAUAACAGCGUGGAUUUUUCAGGCCAGUCAUUCGGAAUAACUGAGGCAAUCAGUCAGAAAAGGCAAAAACAAAUGACUUGCAUUUUAGAUGGUAGAAGAGAAGAUGGCGAGAGCUAAUGUGAAUGAGAAAACACAUCCAUCUACAGAAUCUCGACAAACACACACACACACACACACACACACACGUACACACACAGGUAAUGAUGCUGUCAUACCUAAAAGCCUUUGUGCUUAUGGAGAGCCUCACCUUCCCACUGCCCUGUCAUUUUAACCAGAGCCUUGAACCAUUAGUCCCUUAAGCUUGGCUCACCUCGCUGCCACAUACACAUCCUAAUUGCCCUUAGGCUGCUGUGGACUGUUUGCAUUUCCCUUCUUAAACAUUGACAUGGUCCAUUCUUGUGCACAAGUUAACUGUCCUCUGUGAUUCUCUGUGAGGUCUGUCUCUCAGCACUAGCGGUGGUGUGGUUCACUUCGAGGGCAGAUUCUUAUUUAACAUCAUUAUAAGCUGCUUAAAACUGAGACUUAGUGAACUAAUGUCACCCCACUUUUAGACAUUUCUACUUCCCUUCACCCUACAUGUUUAAAAAUAGUAAUUACUUUUCAAAUUCCCGUGUCUGAAUGUGUCCUCAUUUGUCAAAUCACUCAUGGCCCCUCCUGACUUGAAGCAAAGCUGUUUUUAGGACCAAAAACUGCUAACUGUGCAUUUAUACCAAAUCUUUAAAAAAUUCACUUUUGACAGAGUUGACACAAAUCUUAGAUUGGCUCUUUAGCAUCCAACACUUGUUUGUGUUAUAUAGAAAUAUCCUGUUAUUACCGCUCUUUAAAUUUUAGUU